GUCUUUAUUCCUCUCAAGUCUCAACAUACUCUUCUCGAAAUCGGGAUUCCAUGAACAUGAUGGACAUGGAAACAUCAACGUCUUUCCAUGAUUUUCUCAAUCGCAUGCGACACCCUUCGUCCCUCGACCUCGUUCGGUCCAUCAAGAGCUUUAUAGUAUCAUUUUCAUUUUACCAACCGAAGCCUGAAAAUGAUGGGAAAAAAGUUCAAGACUUCUUUCUUUCAAUGGAAGCUGCAAUCAGAGAUCAUCCACUGUGGACCACUUCCUCUGAAGAAGACAUUGAUUGUGCCUUGGAGGGUUUGGAGAAAUAUAUAAUGACUAAAUUGUUCUCCCGAACAUUCUCUUCAUCUCUUGAGGAUGAAAAGAUUGACAAUGAAAUCUCAGAGAAAAUAUGCUUACUCCAAACUUUUCUGAAGCCUCAACAUUUGGAUAUACCACCAAGUCUUCAUAAUGAACCCUCAUGGCUGCUUGCAGAGAAAGAAUUGUUGAAAAUGAAUGCCUUCAAAGCUCCCCAUGAGAAAGUCAUGUGCAUUAUGAAUUGUUGUAGGGUCAUCAACAAUUUGUUGCUAAAUGCUGCAACGUCUGAGCAUGUGCCAACUGGGGCAGAUGAGUUUCUCCCUGUGCUCAUAUAUGUCACCAUCAAGGCAAAUCCUCCAAAGUUGCAUUCUAACCUCAAAUUUAUCAAGUUGUAUAGAAGGCAAGCAAAACUCAUCUCAGAAGCUGAAUAUUAUUUCACAAAUCUUGUGUCAGCUAAGUCAUUUAUAGUUGACUUAAAUGCUAAAUCUCUUUCAAUGGAUGAAAUCAAAUUUGAGGAGAACAUGCAAGCAGCCAAAUUGACCAAUAAAGUCACCAGUGAAUCAUCUUCUACAUGUCAACUGAACCAACAAGAGAAGAACGAGUGUAGUUGUUCAAUGAAAAUGCACAACAAACUUGAUGACCCUAGAGUUUUUCAAGUUUUGAAUAAUAGAUCAAACUAUCCUUACAUGGAAGCAAAGAGCAAAGAGCUAACCGUUGGAGACGUGGACACAUUAUUAAAUCACUACAAGGAUUUAGUUGCUAAGCACACAAUCUUGUGCAAAGCAAUUAGUUUCCUUUCAACAUCAGAGAGAGAACCCCUUCUUCGUCAUUUAGAAAAGCAAGGAGCAGGAACACUGAUUUUGCAACACCAUGGGAUCAACACAGACACAUGUGAUCCACACCCACAACAAGAUAAUUAAUUGACAAUUAGAAUGUUCAUAUAUAUAUAAUUACUUUUGUAGUAAAUGAAUCCAACUCCACUAAAGUAAACAACUCAUUUUAAAUGAUAAAAUACAUUAUUUUAAUUGUCUGACAAAAACUCAACAAUAUAUCAAGUACAUAUGUAUAA